CGCGCCCGACCCGGACGGACCCAUGCGAUCGCGCGCGGGCAGAGCGCGCCGCGGGGCAGGGUAAGGAUGGAGAAAAAGAAGAUAGUGAUGAAAUCCAAAGUUGCUUCUUCGAACCUUCUGAGGGCGCUGCAUUCACUCUAUCAGUUCGGUCACCUCUGUGACGUGAUAGUCCACACCGAGCAGAUGGGAAUUCAAGAGGAGUUUCUGGUUCACAAGGCUGUAUUGGCAGCUUCCAGCAAUUACUUCAAGGGGCUGUUUCUUCAUGAUGAGAUGUUAGACACUAAGACCCGCACAGUGACUCUACAAGACAUUUAUACAGAAGAAUUCACUUCCUUCCUGGAGUUUGUUUAUACUGCCGAAGUAGAGAUUGAGGCAGAGAAAUUGCAUCGGAUGAAGGAAAUAGCUGAGAGACUUGAGUGCAAGGAUUUGCUUGAUAUUUGCGAAGAAAUGAACUCGGAGAGUAAGGAAGGCUUAGAUCCAAGUGUCCAUUUAAAAGGUCAGAUACACAAAAAUGGUGGGUCCCAGUGGGCUUAUGUCCCACAAACAGAAGACAGUGAACUGGGUAAUUCAUCCCCAUCUGGGGCAACACCGCUACAAAGAAAACUGUGGGAUGGCCAGAAACACAGGAAAUUAUUAACCAGCUAUGAACUUGUGGAAUGUCAACUUACAGAUCCUAACAAGGAAGGGACUGCUCUUUCAGAGUCAACAGCUGGGAUGGCCAAGCUAGCUGAGCAUAACAAAACAGACACAAGUGAGAUGAUUGGCAUGGAUGCUGCCAGCCCAGGGGAAAAGAAGACCUGCUGUUCUGCCCCAAGCGAGCCAGACUCCAAGGAAACCUGCAUCGUCAUUAAAAAGCUGCUCCCUGCCCAAGGGGAAGAUGAAAAUACUUUAAUCUCGGAGCUGGCCAGUAAAUUUGAGCCCAGGAGGUCACUUCGCAAUGGAUCAAAAAUCUUGCCCCAAAUGUACACGUGUGAGAAGUGUAAUCAGUCAUUCCAUUUCAUCAAGCAGUACCAGUCACACAUGGAGCUGAAGCAUAAUAUUAACAUUGUCACCAAAUACAGCUGCAACCUAUGUGACCAGCUCUUCUCUAAUCGCCAGAACCUGAAACAGCACAAGCUCACUGUCCACAGUGAUGAGAGGCGCUUCCCUUGCAUGUCCUGUGACAAGAGAUUUAAGCGCCAGAAGGAUAUCAAUGACCAUGUUCGGAGGGUUCAUGAAAAGAAAAGGAGCCCUCAGGCAUGCCCAUACUGUGACAAGGUUAUCAGCUCCAAGUGCGGCCUCACAGUUCAUAUGCGCACACACACAGGAGAGAAGCCCUACAAAUGUGAACGCUGCCUUGCAAGCUUUGCUCAGAGAUCUGCUUACAAUACCCAUGUAAGGAAAAUACAUGAGUCUGGGCAAGACAGGAAGCAUACACCAAUCUACUGGACGGUCGUUCCACCUACAGUUAGACCAGAAGCAACAGACUGUGCAAUGGAUGUUAAUGAAGAAACUUGGGAUGGGGAGUCGGUUACUGGAUUGCAAAAAGGUGCUGGGAGCAAAGCAGCUAUGGGCACUGAAGAAGAACCUGGCAGCUCCUAUAAUGCAGAAGUAGACUGCAGCAAUGAAGGGAAAGAAAAGAUAGACAAAUAUGGGGAAGAUGAAGCAAAUGGGGAAGAAGGAAAUGAAGAUGAUGAUGAAGAUGAAGAAGAAACAAGUGUGAAGGGAGAAGAUGCGGGUUAUUCUGAACUAGAGGACAGUAAAGAUAAUGAGUAUGUCUGUAAUGAUGAUGGUGGUGUUGAUGAUGAUGACGACGAUGACGACUACUCUAAUAGUAAUGAAGGUGAAGAGAAUGAUUCAGAUGAAGACUUGAAAAUAAAGAAGGCUAAAAAAGGCAGGGUAGGAAAGAAGUCUGCCUAUGUUAUAACAUGUGAUAAAUGUGCUGAGCAGUUUGUUUCUCGAAAAAAAUAUGUAGAUCACUGCAAAGAAGUCCAUCAAUCCUUGCCUGGCAAAGUCUAUCAGUGCGAUAUCUGUAGCAAGUCAUUUGCUAGCUACAACAGCUGGAAAGAGCACAGAGCCUGUGUCCACACUGAAGAAAGGCAGUUUGCUUGCACCCUCUGCGAUGCUACCUUUAAAAGAAAAAGAGAUGUGAGGACACAUUACAUGCGGAAACAUGAAGGCAGAGUCAAGCGCCCUCUCUGUUCUGUCUGUGGGAAGAUCUUGAGCUCACGAACAGCGCUGAUGUUUCACAUGCGGACACACACAGGGGAGAAACCAUACGAAUGCAGCGUUUGUCAUAACAAGUUUGCUCAGCCCUCCCAGCUUAAAAUCCAUACCAGGUUGCUGUUCCUUUUGGCCGUAAAGUUUUUUCAGCUAGUUCUGCUAUUGAAGGAACUGGGAGAGAAGAAAAAGGAACAGCCAGAGGAAUACUUUACACAUCUUGGCUUCCUUGAAGCUAGUAGAAGAGUCAGAUCUCUAGCUGGCAUGACUCAACAGAGCUCCUUCAGGUCCCAUACAGGAGAAAAGCCAUACGUAUGUGAAGACUGUGGAGCUUGUUUUGUUGAUAAAGGCAAACUAAAUAGCCACAAGAGGACGCAUACAGGAGAGCGUCAGUUUAAGUGUGAUGUAUGUGGGAAACAUUUUGCCACCAAUGAAUACUUGAAGUGCCACAAGCGAUGCCAUAUGGGAGCCAAGCCAUACAAGUGCAAUGUUUGUGGGAAGACAUUUGGAUUGAGAGCCUCGUUAGCCCAACACGUUAAUGUCCAUGCAGAGACUCGUCCCUAUUUCUGUGAACAGUGUGGAAAAACAUUUACUCAGCAAGGAGCUCUCAGGCGCCACCAGCGGAUUCACACUGGAGAAAAACCAUACAAAUGUAGAGCUUGCGAGAGAACCUUUACAGACAUGUCCACCUUGAGGAGACAUGUAUCGGUUCAUGACCGGAAUGCCCACUGGAGGAGUUUCUUAAUAGAUCUUACUAGCAAAAAAGACCAUAACUGGUCCAAAAUAGAAACCUUAUCAGAGGUCCGCAGGGGGGAAGAGUCAGCACCAGAAGUCUGGUCAGUUGACCAAGGUACACUUUACAAACCAGAAAUCAAUAGCAUGAAGAAAGCUGAACAUAUGCCAUCUAGCAUUAACAACACUCAAGAAGCUGAUCAUUCCAAUUUAUACUUGUAAUUACUGUAACCAGAAAACUGUAAAAUGUCUUCAUACAAUGUAGCUGCUCCAUUUUUUAAACUAUGGAAGAUAUGGUCUCUUCUUUUUACAGGUCAAAUAAUACAUUGUAGUCAGAGAAGGAUUCAUAUUCUUAACAGUAGUCUUUAUACCCCUUAGGUUUUAGAACUGUAUACAGUUUUAUUUUUUAAAAUCUUGAAUAUAUCACCCAGUAAAAUGCUCAUUUAUGAAAAUAUACAUAUGUAUGUGUGUGUAUGUAUGUGUAUACACACAUAUACAUACAUAGUGUUCUAUAAACUGUUGUAUGCCUUUAUAAUAAAGAUACUAUGAUUAGAACACCUCAUAUAAAAUGAUCAUCUAUGCUGGAGCUAUUUGAUUUGUAUGUAUUUUAUCGUAGAAUUUUAGCUUUCUUGAUAAAUGCAGAAUCGUUAAAAUAUUUGCUGUGAAAUAUUAUAAACCAACUGGGACACAGCUGUGAAAAAAGCCUGUGGUAUAUGUACGCUGCUUCACAGCUUUAUUCAUUUCAUUCUGUCUUGAGACUGUGAUUUUUGCAUUUGUCUUCUAGGCAUAAUUUCCUUGCGUGCUUAAAGUACAAUUCUAAAAUGCUUGUUUUUAAAAAGUGAGGGGUAAACACACAGGUCCAUAUGGAUAAUAAAUAAGAAGAACUUGUGAAUUAUUGGCUCAGUUUGCUAAUUCAAAUUUUGAUUUCACAACCCUGAAUUAAAGGGAAUGAUCUUUUACCUGGAUUGUAGGUCAGUUAGUCUUCUGAAAACUUGAUUCACAAUUCUCAGUGACUUUUAUAGUUGUAGGUGCUAAGCAUAUCUUGAAAUCUUGCCUUAAGAUUACAUUCUUUUUAUUAUUCAAAAAAAAUUCCCCUCCAUAUACUUGUUAUGAUUUAUAAGAUUUUUAUACACCAAAUUUAGAAACUUUAGAGCUGUAUUUCCCUGAUCAGAUGUAAUAAUCUACACAAUAUGAAAGGUCCAGUCUCCCAACAAUAGCAGGAUGGUCGCCUUGGAUGAAAUAGCUAGUGUUUCCUAAAUAAUGCUUUCUAAAUAAAAUUGUACCCAAUAAAUCAGGACACUGAGAGCCCAGGAUUUCAACUGCAGUUAAGUGGGGGUGCUCAGCACCUCUUGGGAAAAGUCAGGCUAUUUUUCUUUAGAUGCUGAAAUCAUGGGUAAUGUAAGUAGUCAAUUAGGGAAUGAAUUAGAGUGUAUUUUUGUUAAGUUGUUUCUAAUUUGCUGUCUCAUUUGAUGUAGAAGUUGGAAGACUUGUAGUGUAUGAAAGAGAUGAUUAUAGAAAGAAAAAAAGUCUUGUUAUUCAGGCAGUUGCUUGUCAUGCUGGAUUAUUUUCCUGUCUCUUCCAUGGAGUUCCCAUUUAAAGUAAGGCGGGUUUUUUACCUGUGCUUUUACAGGUGGUCAUAAACUCUGUUCUUCCUGAUGGGAGACUUAAGACACUGAAUUCUGAUUUGUAGAAGUGCUGAUAACUUGCUGCUUCAACUGAAGUCAGCAUGACUUCCAACAAAUAAAAUGCUAAGGUCUCUGGAAAAAAUUAAGCCAUAGGAAUUUUAAUCAAAUUAGUGUAUGGUUUUGAUGAGCAGAUUGCUGCCUCCAAGUUUUCUCAUCUAUAAAAGGCCAUUACAUUAUUGGCUAAUGUUUGUGAAGCAUUGAAAAAUGUGAGGGAUGAGUAUCAGAGGAGCCCAUGUAAAGAUCAGUAAUUCUGCAUUCAGAGCAGAAUUUGAGUGGUUUGCAGCAUGUAAAUGCUGGGAUCACACAUUGAACAGUGAAAAUCAAUCUAAAUAUUGCAUAGCAUUGCCCAUGCUGAGCAUCACAUGCGAGCAAAACAAAAUAGUAUGUCAUUGUGUGAUUAAAGGCAGCGUCAUGAUACACACAAAUAAAGAAGCAAAUUGA